AUGGGAUGGUCGACACACGCACCCGGUACUCAGGAUCCUCCCGAGGUUCGCAACUGGAAGAUCCAUCUUGUGGCCUUUGUGGCCUCAAUGAGUGCCCUUGCCAUGGGCUACGAUACCUCUGUGAUUGGAGGAACCAUGGCGCUUGACUCUUUCCGUAGAGACUUCGGGCUUGCCAAUGCCUCUUCUAAACAUCGUGAUACGGUGCAGGGAAACAUUGUCUCCACUUUCCAGGCAGGGUGUUUCUUUGGAGCACUGCUUACCUUUCCUUUUGCGGAAAAGUAUGGUCGUAGACUCACUGUCAUGGCGGCAUCGGCUGUCUUUCUUGUGGGUGCCACUCUGAUGACUGCCGCCAAUGGUGUCAUGAGCAUGGUAGUUGCUGGACGUGCUGUAGCCGGCCUCGGUAUUGGAGCUUGCUCUCUUGUUGUUCCGGUCUACAUCUCCGAGACUGCUCCACCUUCCAUCCGUGGACGUUUGAUCGGCAUCUUCGAGAUUGCAUCGCAAGGUGGUGGCAUGUUAGGAUUCUGGAUCAAUUACGCAACAGAUCGAACUAUCAAUGUUGAUAACAAAGCUCAAUGGAUAGUUCCCUUGGCUUUGCAAUUAGUUCCAGGUGUUCUUCUGUGUGUCGGCAUGUUUUUCUGUCCAGAAUCACCACGUUGGCUUGCCAGAGGUGACAACUUCGACAAGGCAGAGAACAUCAUCAGUAACCUGCGAAAUCUUCCAGCAGAUCAUCCGUAUAUUCGCAAUGAGAUGAAUGAGAUUCGGACCCAAGUCGAGGAGCGAAGCACAAACAAGAUGAGCAAGAAGCAGCAAGUUCAGAAGUCGUUCCAGAAAGGCGUGCGAAACCGAAUGGGCAUCGGCCUUGCCCUCAUGUUCUUACAAUCUUUCACAGGCGUCAACAUCAUUACAUACUACGCACCUCGGAUCUUCGAAUCUCUCGGGGUACCCGGCACAUCACUCAAGCUUUUCUCGACGGGUUUCUAUGGGAUUGCCAAGACGUUGGGCAUGAUCACAUUCACGAUGGUGGUUGUAGAGAGAGUCGGUCGACGCAAGGGUCUCAUCUGGGGCGCUGCUCUUGGUUGCGUGCCAAUGUUGUACAUCGGCGGCUAUGUUCUGAGAGCUGAUCCGGUCGCUGCAUUGGCGGCUGGAGACACGACACGAAACGGAUGGGGUUAUCUGGCCAUGGUUUGCGUUUACGUCAAUGCCUUCAUAAUCUGUGCGACGUGGCAAGGCAUCACCUGGACGUAUGCUUCCGAAAUCUUUCCGCUGGACAUUCGCAUGCUCUGUGUCGCCUUGACGACAGCGGACACGUGGCUAGGAUCGUUCAUCAUCGCAAGGUCGACACCGUACAUGAUCUCUGAUCUCGGUUAUGGAGCUUAUUUCUUCUUCGGAGUCAUUCUGAUAGCGAUGGGCAUCUGGUCCUUCUUCUUCGUGCCUGAAACCAAAGGCAUCACGCUUGAGGAGAUGGAUGCGUUGUUUGCGAGAUCUGUGCGGAAGGCAAUAUGGGCACAGCUUCGUGGUAAAACCAUACCGCCAGUCGAAGAAGAUGUGAUGACGACGGAUGAUUCCAAGAAACAAUCGACCAUCAAAAUUGAGAAGGUAGAUAUGUAG